AUGGAGAAGAUCAUUAAGAAGGCCUUGGUGCAGUUCCUCGAGCAGCACCAUCUCCUUUCUGAUGCCCAACACGGCUUUCGAAGUGGUAGGUCCUGCCUCACGAAUCUGCUCUUUACGCUCGAACGCUGGACCAAAGCACGUGAUGAAGGCAAGGUGGUGCAAGCCAUCUACAUCGACUUCAAAAAGGCUUUCGACAGUGUUCCUCAUCAACGUCUCUUGUACAAACUGCGCAACGCUGGAAUUCGUGGACGCCUUCUUGUAUGGAUCCAGAGCUUUUUGGCUGGACGGUCCCAGAGAGUGCAGGUCGGGCGUCAACAGUCGUCAGAUGUAAGCGUGGUGAGUGGCGUCCCACAGGGCUCAGUCUUAGGUCCCACGUUAUUCCUCGUUUUCGUAAAUGACUGCGUCAAGGACCUAGACUGUGAUGCCAUCCUGUUUGCCGACGACAUAAAAUUGUGGAAAGUUAUUCACGAUGCGGCAGACGCAGACCACCUGCAAGCAAACUUGAACAGACUCGAAGACUGGUCGAAGCGCUGGCUUAUGCCCUUCAAUAUAAGCAAGUGUAACUUUCUUCAACUCGGCGGCUUCAGAGCCCCCAGCCCCAGGACCUACUUUCUAAACGGCACACCACUGCAACAGGUUGACAGUCAGAAGGACCUGGGUGUGUGGAUUACAUCUUCACUCAAACCAACACUGCACUGCGCGAAGGCGGCUAAAUCGGCUACGGCCACAUUGCAACUCAUUAGGCGAGCAUUUAUGGGUUUUGACCCUGACUGCUUUUCCAAAAUAUUUGGCACCGUCGUGCGACCUCAUCUAGAGUACGUCAUACAGGCGUGGAGACCCUGGACUGCCAAGGAUUAUACCGUUUUGGAGAAGGUCCAGAGACGGGCGACCAAAAUGACACAAGGUCUGGGAGCACUGCCCUAUGAAACCAGACUGUCAAUCCUAAACCUGUUUCCCCUUUCCUACAGGCAAUUACGUGGUGACCUUAUACUAACAUUUCGCAUCAUCAACGGCCUAGACUGUUGUUUAGAUCCCACUGAUUAUUUCACCCAAGCUAACACGCCCAAUUUGCGCGGUCAUCCCCUGAAACUACGCGCAGGGAAAUCAAGAACCAAUGGACGAAAGUCCUUUUUCAGUAACAGAGUGGUUGCAGCCUGGAAUUCCCUACCUACCGAUGUUGUAACCUCCUCCUGUGUGAACUCCUUCAAGUGUAGACUUGACCUGCAUCAAGCUUCCCAAUUACCACCCCCACAUUCACUCACAUACCCCGGUACCAUCUUAUAUGUGUUUAUACUACUUGUAAUUAGUAAGUAA